AUGGGAUUCCCCAAUUGUAAAACCGUCCAAACCGUAAAAAGCGAACUUACGUCUACCACACACGGUGUUAUACUUCGAGGAACACGGAUUGUCAUUCCUGCGGCUCUACAACAACGUGCAAUAGAUAUAGCACAUGAGACACACUUAGGAAUAGAGAAAACGAAGUCUCUAAUUCGUGAAAAAAUCUGGUUUCCGCAAAUUGACAACCAAGUCAAAAACACAAUUGUUAAGUGCACCACUUGUCAAGCUGUCGGACAGGCGAAUCCUCCAGAACCAUUACGUACGACCGAAAUGCCAGAGUUACCAUGGAGAACUGUCCACAUAGAUUUUUAUGGUCCACUACCAUCGUCUGAAUAUCUGUUAGUGGCGGUAGAUAGAUACUCCAGAUUCCCAGAGGUUGAGAUAGUUCAUUCAACACGAGCCUCAACAGUCAUUCCAAAACUUGACAAAAUGUUCUCAGUCCAUGGCAUUCCUGACACCCUUAUAUCUGACAAUGGUCCCCCUUUUAAUGGAGACGACUAUGCACGAUAUCUGAAAGCCCUUGGUAUUCAAGCUAAGUUUUCAACACCCUAUUGGCCCCAAGGUAAUGCUACAGUUGAACGAUUUAUGCGACCGUUAGGAAAAGCGCUCAAGACAGCGACACUCGAAGGACGACCAUGGAAACAAGAAUUGAACCGUUUUCUUUUACAAUAUCGUGCCACUCCACAUUGCACUACAGGAGUACCUCCAUCAGAACUGUUGUUUAACCGAGUGAUAAAAGGAAAAUUACCAGUUAUAAACAGCAAGAAGAUUGUCAAUCGACAUAAAGAAGCUCGAGACAAUGAGAAAACACGACAAGAACGCAACCGAGAAUAUGCAAAUCAAAGGAGAAACACAAGAAAAAGUGAUCUACAAGUUGGAGAUUAUGUACUGGUUAGACAAGAAAAGAAAAACAAGCUAACUGCGAAUUUUAAUCACAAACUGGUUCAGAGAUCCUUGCCCAAAGUAAAGAUGGUCAUAUUGUGAAACGCAACGUCUCACAUUUCAAGCGAAUAAAUAAACCACGAGAAGAAGACACUGAUGAUGAAGGUUUCGAUUAUGAAGAAAACUCGCAGAACAAUCAGCCAUCCAUCAGUAAUGAAAACAAUGUAGCACCAAGAUCAAGCCGAAUUCGAAGACUACCGAAUCGAUACGGACAUGAAUAUCCAUCAAAUCUAAUAAACUAA